GAGUACAUGGCACUCUUCCGUGCCAUAAGAGAGGUUGUGUGGCAGCGGCGUUUGCUAGCUGAAUUGGGGGAGGAGCAGCAAGGACCUACCCCACUCUACUGUGAUAGCCAAGGUGCUAUUGCAUUGGCUAAGAACCCCGUUCUUCAUGGCCUUACCAAGCACAUGAAGGUGAAGUGGCAUUGGGUGAGGAGCAUGGUAACCGCGGGUGAAGUGGAGUUGCACUACGUGAAGACGACGGCGCAGCCAGCUGAUAUGAUGACCAAGAGGCUGGUUGAGCAGCAGCAUUGGAAGUGUUGCAAGCUUGCUGGGAUGGCUCUGAACUAAGGGGAGCAGAUUCUAAGGCCAACAA